AUUUAUUUGUAUAUAGAUAAACAGAAAUUUUGCAGUAAGAGUCAUGUUUUAUAUCCCUCUCAAGUGUGUAUUGCAGUGUUUUUAAACCAUUGUUUAUGUUAAUCUACAGUGCUCGGCUACAACCCAAUAAAUGACAAUGAUUUCAAUUCGAAUUCAAGGCAAGCAAUGUCACAUCACAGUGAUCCAAGUUUAUGCUCCAACCAUGGAUGCUGAAGAGGUUGAAAUUGUCCAAUUCUAUGAAAAUAUUAAACACGAUAGCUAUAACACCAAGAAAAGAUGUUACUAUCCUCAUAGGAGACAUGGAAUGCUAAAGUAGGGAACCAAAAUGCACCUGGAAUAGUUUGGCAUUGGAAUUCAAUAUGAAGCAGGUCAGAGAUUAGUAGAAUUCUGUCAGACAACUCUCUAGUCAUAGCAAACACCGUCUUCCAACAGCCUCUGAGAUGACUCUAUACAUGAACAUCACCAGAUGGACAAUAUAGAAAUUAGAUUGCAGCCAAAGAUGGAGGAGCUCUAUACAGUCAGCAAAAACAAGACCUGGAACCGAAUGUGGCUCGGACCAUGAGCUUCCCAUUGCAAAGUUCAGAAUUAAAUUGAAGAAAAGAGGGGAAACCAUCAAACCAAUCAGAUAACAAAUAAAUAAUAUCCCUUGUGAAUAUGCAGUGGAAGUAAAGAAUAGAUUUGAGGGACUAGACAUCGACGAUAGAAUGCCUGAAGAACUUUGGACCGAAGUUUGCAAUAUUAUCCAGGAAACCUCAAGAAAAAAUAUCCCCAAAAGAAAGAAAUCUGAGAAGGCAAACUGGCUAUCUGAUGAGGCUUUAAAAAUAGCCUAGGAAAGAAGGAAAGCGAAAGGUAGUGGAGAACGGAAAAAAAUGUUCAACUGAAUGCAGAAUUCCAAAGGAUAGCAAGAAGAGACAAGGAGACAUUCUAUAAAGUGGGAGUGAUAAAAGACAAAAAUAGCAGGGACUUAACAGAAGAAGAUCAGAUAAACAAGAGAUGGUAGGAAUACACUGAUGAUUUAUGCAGGAAGGGUCUUAACAGCAGUGAUGACCUCAAUAGUUGGUCCAAUGAGAUGGAACCAGAAAUCUUGGAGAGCGAAGUGAGAUGGGCCCUAGGAUGCCUUGCAGAUAACAAGGCUGCAGGAGUUGAUGAAAUCCCAAUUGAACUAUUCAAAAUUCUAUAAGAUGAUGCUGUGAAAAUUCUGCUUGCCUUAUGCCAAAAAAUUAGGAAAACUCAACAGUGGCCAAAAGACUGGAGAAGGUCAGUAUACAUCCCAAUCCCCAAAAAAGGCAAUGCCAAAGAGUGCUCUAAUUAUCAAACAAUUGCACUAAUUUCACAUGCCAGCAAGGUAAUGCUUAAGAUCCUACAAGCUCGACUCAAACAAUAUAUAGACUGGGAAUUACCAGAUGUACAAGCUGGGUUCAGCAGAGGACGAGGCACAAGAGUUCCUGAGGAAUCUAUAUGUGGACCAAGAGGCCACAGUCAGAACCGAACAUGGGACAACAGAAUGGUUCAAGAGACAAGGUUGUAUAUUGUCACCUUAUUUAUUCAACUUAUAUGCGGAAUACAUAAUACGUAAGGCUGGGCUGCAUGAAUACAUAGCUGGAAGAAAUAUUGCUGGAAGAAAUAUCAACAACCUCGGAUAUAUGUGGAUGAUACCACUCUGAUGGCUGAAAGUGAGGAAGAACUAAAGGACCUGUUGAUGAGGGUAAAAGAAGAGAGUGCAAAAGUUGGCUUACUGCUUAACGUUAAAAAGACUAAGAUCAUGCAAUCUUAGUUCCUGGCAAAUAAAUGGGGAAGAAGUGGAGGCAGUGACGGAGAUGGAUAGAUGAGGUCACUGAAGCCACGAACAUGAAGUUGUUGGAACUCAGAGGGCCAGUGACUGACAGAUGUACCUGGCAUGCUAUGGUCCAAAUGGUCACAGAGAGUCAGACACGACUGAACGACUAAACAACAAAAACAACAACAUAUAUUUGCUUAAAUGUUGGUAUUGUGUUUGUAUUGAUAAUAUCUUUUCAUGUUAUGUUAUUCUGAGGGAGCCAUUCGUCAAACUGUCAUGAAAUGCAUGCACCUGUCUACUCAGACACAACAAGAAAAACUUGAAUCUAAAUAAUCUCACAUGGGAAGAUGUUUAUCUUCUGUUGGAUAAAUAAGAACUUUUAUAGCAAAACAAUAUACCUUGACUGCAUAUCUGUAACAAAGGUAAAAAGUCUACAAAUAUUUUUCUUGUAAAUUAUAUCCCUGAAUAACUAUGAUAUAACACUAAUAUAAUCUGAAUUUCUUCUAUAAGCAUGCAUUGUGAUAACGUUUUAUUAUCUGAUGCUAAAAAUGAGCAAUACUGAUGCAUAGUUUUAUUUUUUUCCAUUGCACUUUAUUACAGGGGAUCAGGGUGAGAGCAAAAAGUGUUAAUGAACGAACAGAUCAGAGGUGAGAUCAAGCAAUCCUUCUGGAGAAUGAGUCACAAUAUAACAAAAAAAAAACACAUGUGCACAGUAGUAUUUGUAACAUUUCCUAUCUCCUAAUAUAAAUCAUUCUCCUGGUUUGUGCAGCAUUUAGCUUUCCAAAUUGUUUAAAGCUAGCACUUAGAAACAGUUGUAAUUUGUUGCUUAUUUUGGUGGUUGCUGGUAAAAGUCAUAAAUCUGAGAACAAUGAGCUCUAAUCCAGAAAGAAAAAAAAAAAAAAAAGUGAACAGAAAACAUCACCGAAAAAGUAACGCUACCCCUAAUUAAUCCCCUCUGCUAAUAUCAGUAUUGAGAGCAGUAGAUCGAUUUCCUGUUAAAAAACAGGAGAGAGCCUAUUUUCAAAAUAAAUAGUUUCCCUCUUUAAAUCAACAACAAUUAACACAACUUAAUGAACCUAUAACAUCAGAAGAAGUAAGUGCUAUUAUUAAUAAUCUUAAAAGAAAUAAAGCUCCAGGACCUGAUGUAUAUAUAGACUUAUUUUAUAGAUUAUAUAAAGAUCGAUUAAGUCCGCUAUUAGCAGGAAAUUUAUAACUUUAUAAUGAUGAAAGGAUCUAUGCCAAAAGAAAUUCUGAAGGUAAAUUUGUUUCCAAUCCCUAAACAAGAUAAAACCUCAACGCAAUUAGUAAAUUAUCAUCCAUAGUAUAACUUAAUAUUGAUCACAAAAUAUAUGCAACUAUAUUAGCUAAUAGAAUUUGAUAAGUUAUUACGGGGGGGCGGGGCCUGACCACCAUGCUGGCUGGUCUCAUGGCCCAACAGCUCCGACAACUUUAUACCUUUUUAAGCCAGAAAAACGUAAUACUCGGUCCUACUGGACGACCAAAUGCGGUGGGUCGGCACACGAGGAAGCACUGGACCUGAGGACAGGCUCGCAGUACCUGUUUCAAUCCCUCGGAGAGAUACACGGGAUGAGGCCUACUCAGGCGUUGAGUGGGGUAGACAGCCGCUGCCCCGCUAUCCUGCCUGACGGUAUCCAGCCGGACUCCCUCAGAGUGGUGGACAGGGCCCUGUCCCCGCCCCUCUGGGCCGGUGGGGGUGAUCCUGGCCCACACCCUGCAGUUCCGCCCGUAGAGGAGAUCCCAAGACCCAGGUAGGCUGCUAAACCACAGCUCAAGCAACAGGCCACAUAUACAAUGGCAGUAUCCACAACCCUGCUAGCUCGCAUCAGGGAGCCUGUCAUCUUCCGCCCCCCGAGGAAUGCAAUCUCCACAAAUCUAGGGCAGACCGCACGCACCUGCCCAUGAAAGCCUGACCGACGGGGACACAGGACCACACCACAUCGGUACAUGCUAGACCUAAUCUCCAUGGUCCCUGUACCUGCAUACAGCAAAGAGGGCGGAGGGGCAGCACCCAGGCACAAGCAACACAACACCAACUCACCAGACCCGGCAGACAAGCCCUCGGAUCGGCUCAGACGAACGGCACACAAUGCACAACAUUGCGCCAGCUCUCAGAAUGGGCCCACAGCGCCCCCACGGCAACACUUACUAGCCGCACCGCAGCAGGAUGGAACCAAGCAGCUAGACGGUAUCGGCAGAGGUGCACUAUAUACCAAAGGGGGACUUCUCAACCUUCAAGGUGUGGACACUGAACACCAGAGACUGAGCACCCCACCAAGCGCCACACUGAGCAUGUAGAUAUCUGCCUCUAUCCACAGCCAGGGAUAUUGGGACUUAACAUCUGUUGGUGGGGCAUCGGGGUGUUUUAAUGUCAUCAGCUUGAAGCAUAGCAUGUUGUUUAUUCAUCCUUACACAGCAAAUACUUACUAACUCAAAUGGGGUUGGUGUCCUUUUAAAGCGACUGAAUGACUUAAAGGACCACUCUAGGCACCCAGACCACUUCAGCUUAAUGAAGUGGUCUGGGUGCCUGGUCCAGCUAUGGUUAACCCAUUUUUAAAUAAACAUAGCACUUUCAGAGAAACUGAUAUGUUUAUUAAUGGGUUAAGCCUUCCCCCUAUUCCCUCUAGUGGCUGUCUCAUUGACAGCCACUAGAGGCGCUUGCGUGCUUCUCACUGUGAUUUUCACAGUGAGAGCACGCAAGUGUCCAUAGGAAAGCAUUGUAAAUGCUUUCCUAUGCGACGGGCUGAAUGCACGCGCAGCUCUUGCCGCGCAUGCGCAUUCAGCCGAGGAGGAGGAGAGGAGGCAGAGAACUCCCCACCCAGCGCUGGAAAAAGGUAAGUUUUUAACCCUUUCCCCUUUCCAGAGCUGGGCGGGAGGAGGUCCCUGAGGGUGGGGGCACCCUCAGGGCACUAUAGUGCCAGGAAAACGAGUAUGUUUUCCUGGCACUAUAGUGGUCCUUUAACUUCUCUUCUGUUUAAUAAAGGAACUGACAACAUGUGGUUAAAUCUCUUUUCCAGGGCUGCUUUGUAUCCCCAGUCUCUCAAGAGCAGGGCCGGACUGGGGAUACAAAGCAGCCCAUGAAAAAAAAUCUAUGCCAACCCCACAAGUCAUUGCACCAUAUAUUUCCGUAUGUAAUAUGUAAGGCAAUGUCUUGCCACCCCAGAUGGUUGAGUAGUAUAUAUAUAUUAAACGUUUUACUCUGAAAGG